AUGAGCAAAAGGAAAGCUUGUAUAGCUAUUCUGCUGGCGCUUGCCAGCGAAGAAGUCGACGAUAAAAACAAAAAGAGACGAUUGUGGAUGAAAGAGUGGUACAAGAAGAGAUGUAACUGUCUCAUCAAUGCCUGUUUAAAUGAGCUACUGGUAUCAUCACCUGAAGACUAUAGAAAUUACCUUCGAAUGGACCACGACACAUUUAUGAACCUGCUGACGAUGGUUUCACCAAUAAUUGAGAAAAAGACAACACAACUCAGAGAUGCUAUACCAGCAAGUCAACGAUUGUUAUGUACUCUCCGAUUUCUUGCAACUGGAGAUUCCUUCGAAGAUCUGAAGUUUGCGUGCUGCAUCUCUCCUCAGAGUCUUGGUAACAUUGUGAUAGAGACCUCUGUCCUAAUAGAUCCACACCCUCGUCCUUUUCAAGGUGCUUACAAGCUAACUCUAAUACCAGAGAGCGAGGAGGAAUGGAUGUCAGUGUCUGAAGAGUUUGAUCGGAAGUGGGACUUUCCUCACUGCCUCGGAGCUAUUGAUGGAAAACAUGUUAAAAUUACAAAGCCAUAUAACUCUGGUUCUUACUACUAUAAUUAUAAAGGUACUUUUAGUGUAGUUUUAAUGGCUAUAGUUAAUGCCAAAUGUCAGUUCCUUAUGGUACAUAUAGGAACAAAUGGAAGAGUCUCAGAUGGGGGUGUUUAUGGAAACACAAGAUUUAGUCAGGACUUAACAGAGGAUAAACUACACAUUCCUGCACCAAGCCCUCUACCAGGAACAACUGAUCCUGUUCCUUAUGUUUUAAUAGGGGAUGAUGCGUUCCCUCUGUUGGAGAAUAUCAUGAAGCCAUAUAGUCAUGCCAAUCUUACUUAA